ACCAACAAAUCUUCCACCUGAGAGCCCCAGUUGGGAAUACUGACUCGCUCCUUUGGAACAGGAAGCAGCCAUUCAGCCCCUCAUUCCUGCUUUGCCAUUCAAUAAGUCCGAAGGUUCUUCCGGGGGUCAAGAAUGCUAUGAACGGCGAGAUUGAUGUUAAGGGGGUGACACUUGACUCGGGAGCCACUACAUCUGAGGCCUUUUCUCCAACAUCAGCAACGAAUGUUGAGGUGCCGAGCUCCCACCCCAACUCAAUGAGUGGAUAUGACUUUUACUGGGACUGCGGACAGUACCAAGCCACAAACGCAGACAUCCUCAAAGAGAAGGUGCUGCUGUCUCAAGGACAGCACCAGCCGACUGGUCCUUUUGAAGCUGCUAUCAAAGAUCUGCCAUUUGAGCCGCCUUCUGUACCCAAAGCAUUGAAGCUGUACGAUGACAGGACUAGCAGUUCUGGCAGUUUGGAUUUUGAUCCUUACAACUUGUGUUCUCCUCAAAAAAUUCAUUUUGACAUGGUCCAUGGAACACCGUCUUUCUCCCCAAACCCCGAGCUGACGAGGAUUAUGUUUGAAGAGGUUCACUCCUUCCCCUAUCCCUUUGAUCAUCAGUACGGGCAAUGCAACUCACAGCCACACCUGGUGGAUCUUGAGGAAGCUGAUCUGGAUCUCUUCUGCAGCAAGGAGUACGAAGAUGUCGUGGGGAUGCUGAAUAAAGAGUCAGAGAACCGAGAGAGUUGUGACAAUGACGUUAGCGACUGCAUCGAGCCAAAGACAGACGAACUGAAAGUGGGCACAGCGCAGGACCUCCCCACCCAUAUAUUCUUCAGCUACGAUGGCAACCAGACUCUUGAAAACUCUCUAAACUUCAAUAUUCUGCUGAAGGAAAUUCCUCACGAUCCAGCCUUGGUGGUGCCGUCUGCCUUGUCACCACACACAGGUGAGCUUAAUGACACAGUGAAUGACUGCCAGAGUUCAGAAGUGAAGGCGUCUCCGAAACAGGAUGUCCCUGCCUUCUCCCUUACCGACUCAACACUUGCUCCUUCUUUUGAAAGUCUGAACCUGUUCAAAACUUCACUCAAUGAAACACAGAACUCUGCCUCACUUCUGAUGCCUGCACAAACACCAUCACUGAAGAAAGAUAUCAGUGAUGUGGACAAUGAUGCUGCAGCCAUGUCGGCCCUCAUGCUGUCCGACAUCGAAGGUGAGAGGGCGGCUGCUAGCACCAGCUCUCCGGAAUCCCUCACACUCACCAGAAAGCCUGCGAAGGUGCAAGCAGCUCCCACGCCAUCCUCUACCAAGGGUCAGGGCAAAUACAUGCGUAGAAGAGUAACUGACGAAAGCGAGUUGCGCAUUCCACUGCAAUACGGGUGGAAACGUGAGAUCAGAAUAAAGACUGUAGGAAAUCGUCUGCACGGGGAAACCACCUAUUAUGCCCCCUGUGGAAAGAAGUUGCGUCAGUUCCCUGAUGUUAUAAAGUACCUGAUCCGAAACGGGAUAACAGAACUCAGUCGUGAACAUUUCAGCUUCAGUCCUAGAAUGAACGUUGGAGAAUUUUUUGAAAUGAAAGAAUCUCCUGAGGACAACCAGUGGUAUAAGCUCACAGCUGAAGAAGCCCCUCUGCGGAUUCAAGCAAUGAUGAGCAGACGGGGACGGCCGCCAAAUUCCAGCAAGCAGCGGGCCCAGAAGCUAACCGUGCUCAACCAGGGUAAAGGAAGAUCACGAAAGACCAGGACUGUGACCCUCCUUGACAGCAGUGAUGCCAAACUCAUGAAAAAGCUUGAACAGCAAGCUGUUCUGAAUCCAAAAGAGACACAGAUACUGAAAGCACUGAUGAAUAAAUUGAAGCAAAAGCAGGGGCCAAGUAAGGUGCAGAAGGCAAACAGGAUGAAAGAGGAGAAGGUGAUAAAAAGGCAGCAGAAAGUGAAGCAACAGAGACUGCAGCUCCUGCAUGAGAUGAGGAAACCCACUGAGGAUCUGUAUCUGAGAGAUCUCAAGCCUCUGCCAGAGUUUAAGCGCAUUGCAGGCCUGGUUCUUUCAGGCCGUGCCUUUUCCGACUGUCUCACAGUGUUUGAGUUUCUGCACACCUAUGGCAAGGUGUUAGGCUUCAAUGUUCUCAAAGACAUGCCCACCCUGAAAACGCUCCAGGAAGGCCUGCUGAACGUCGGAGAUGCAGUGGGCAUUAUCCAGGACCUGCUUAUUAAGUUACUCGACAUUGCAGUAGUUAAUCCAGGAUUGCCUAAUCAGUACCAGUCAGUUACACUUCUAAGGGAGCGAAUCCGUGACAUUCAAAUCACCAGGAAUAACGUGUCAGAAGUGCUGCGGAUUUUCCUAGAAGCGUAUGGUGUGGAAGCGGAGUUAUGUAGAGGUCUGAAGAGCAAAUCCUUCCAGGCGCACUCUUCCGAGAAAAAGGCGUCGGUGCUGGCCUUCCUGGUCAAUGAGUUGUUGGAGAACAGCUUUGUCGUAAGGGAAAUCGAUAAAAACCUGUACCAAAGAGCCAACAUUCGGAAGAACAAGUGGAUUGUGGAUGGCAAACUCAGGAGGUUACAGAGGACUCUGGCGAAGAAGAAAGGAUUUGAAAAGCUCAAAACCAUCGUGGAAGACAGGCGUUGGAAACCAGAAUUCAGUUUUGAAGUUGACCACAGUGGCAUAUCUACGAGAAGCGGGGAUGAAGAGCGGGUGAAGGAAGGUACCAGAGGGAAAUUAUCAGCGAAGAAGACGGAAGGAAAUAAGAUGGAGUACGAACAGCCGUGUACCAGUGUGUCUGAACUAAGCUGUCAGAUUGAGAAGCUCAGUAAGCGACAAAUCUAUUUUGCACGGAAGCUGCUUCAAUUCUCCCAGAAACUACGUGCCUUGUUAUUGGGGCGGGACCGCUUCAGGCGUCGCUACUGGGUUUUUCCUCACCUUAGUGGCGUGUUCGUGGAAGGCUCUGAGGAGUUAGCGGCCGCUGAAGAGGGGGACAUGGAUAAGAGCCAGCGCCAGUCUCUGGAGACGGCCCCAGCUGAAGUGCAGGGGGCAGGUGCACUGAGUGCGAAGGCCAGCACUCUGGUUACGCCAAAGGAUGAGCCGCGGGGCAAGUGCGAGGCCAGUGUGGCCGCCGCAGAGAGCGCAGAGCAGCAGCGGGCCAUUGCAAGACACUGCAGUGCUCUGCAGCAGGAGGUGCCUCACUCGAACCUUGAGCACCUGACUGUGUUUUUAGCGUGGCUGGGCGUCCUGCAGAAUUCUGUGUCCGACCUCUCCACCUCGAGUCCUCAGUGUAGCACCAGCAAAGACAAACUGGCGGCUUUCUCCCCCGAGGUCCUGCUAGCCAGCAACCGCAAGCUGUUCGACCUCAGCGUCCCAAACUCGGAGCAGAAGGUCAAGGACUGCGCUGAGAAGCAAGGGCAGUGGUUCAGCCUUCUCCCCAGGAGUCCCUGUGACACCUCUUCUGUUAUCCAGCUCCCAGCUUCUCCACAGCCAGCACUGCAGCAUCAGUGCCAGUCAGUGCCCUCCGAUCCGAGUGGACUGGACCGUGGUCCGCUGGGGCCACCUGCCGCUGCACAGCCAUCUAUGGAGACUCCAUUUGACACACAGUUCAUAGACUCUCUGAUCCUUGAUCUUGCUUCUGGGUCCUCCGAAUCUGCCUUUCCACAAACUAACACCCCCGUGACCAAACUUCAUCCGGCUGAAGGCCCUCCUCCGGCUGAGAAUCCACGGCAAUGGAUAUCUAAACGCCGUGGGCGGCCGUCAAAGUUGCAGAAGGAGUCUAAUCAGUGCCAAUUGAAACCAAUUCCAGCAGAGAUGCAGAAAGGCUGGUGGCACAUUGACAGCCUGGAGGAACUGAACUGCCUGCUCAAAGCGCUUCAUCCACGGGGUAUCCGAGAAAAGGCCUUACACAAACAGCUCCUUAAGCACAUGGACUACGUUAAUCAAGCCUGCAUGAGAGACAAAAGGGAUAUCCUCUUCAGUAACGAUAGUGAGGAACAGAUAAUUACAAAGGAAAUGGUGGAGAAUUGGAAACCGGAGAAGUGGGCGAUUUUAGCUGAUCUCGAGGUCCUGCAGUAUCUUGAGGAACUGGAACAGAGGGUGAUAGCUGCCAGUCUGCACGUGGAGGGCUGGACCUGUCCGGACACUGACUCCACCCGUGAUGACCUGGUGUACUUUGAUCAGAAGUGCCUGACCUCCAGCGAAGGCAACAUGAAAGGCGAGGAGGAGAUGGAGCUCAUGCGGAGAAAUAACAACCCCCUGGAUCUAGCUGUGAGCCGCCUGGCGGUGUUGGAGCUGAACAUCGAGCGGCGGUAUCUCAAGGAACCAUUCAGUGCCCCCGCUGCAAGGAAACUGGAGCCCGCAGCGACAGCAAGUAAAGCUCCUGUCAAGGGUGGCUUGGAGGCGGAAAUGAACAGCAACGACGAUGGUGUCCCUCCUGGGCUGAGCUUGUGGCGAGAAACCUUACUGAAAUGCACAAACGCUGCUCAGGUAUUCAUGUGCAUCCAGCGGCUGGAGAAUUCCAUUGCUUGGGAGAAGUCUGUUCUGAAAGUGUUAUGUCAGAUCUGUCGAAAGGGAAACAGAGAUGAUUUGCUGCUUCUGUGUGACAACUGUGAACAGGGCUGCCACACCUUCUGCCUCAAGCCGAAGAUUGAAGAGAUCCCUGAAGACGACUGGUUCUGUCCAAUCUGCAUCAGUAAGGCGAACAGACAGUCUGCCAGGCCUAGACUGUCUCGGAAUAAAAUCAAGCAGAGAAGAGACAGAAAGCAUCUUGCAAGAAAGGCAAACAGCCACUCUGCCGAGCCUGGAUCCUUUCUGACCAAAGGCAGGCAGAGAAGAUACAGGAAGCGUACCCAAAACAAAAUCAGUAAUGCCAAAGGUGUGGAAUAUAGUGCUGUGAAAAAGAGAAGCAAAAGAAGGAGUAAUUCUCUAUUGCCAGGGAAUGCUCCUGCUGCCAAGAAAAGGAAAAUCUCAGCCAAAAGUGAUCCAAAGGACCUUGCGCUGUGCGAGGUUAUCCUCAUGGAAAUGGAAUCCCACGAGGACGCCUGGCCCUUCUUACACCCUGUCAAUCCACGGAUGGUGCCUGGUUAUAGAAAGGUCAUCAAAAAACCCAUGGACUUUUCUACCAUCAGGGGCAAGCUCAUUGAAAGGAAAUACACGAGCUGCAAGGAAUUUGCUGCAGAUGCUCAUUUGGUGUUCGAUAACUGCUUGAACUUCAACGAAAACAGCUCCGAGAUUGGACAGGCAGGGAAUGUGAUGAGGAAGUUCUUUGAGAGUCGAUGGGCCGAGUUUUAUCAUUCAAGCUAAAAUGUCACCAGGAGGCCAGGGGAAAGGGCGAUAUUAUAGAUCAAGAUCACGCCCAAUAACACUGCCUCUCACCAUUGAAACUCAAUGUGACUUGGGACUGGAAACAAGACAUAUUUUGGCAGUUUCUCUUGACUUUCUUUGGAUUUGAAUUCAUGGUAUUUUAAAAAUAAAACCCUAUCUUUAAUGUGUCA